CCCACCAACUUCCGCACACAAUCUAAAGUUCACAAGAACUCUAGAUUAACACUCAUUUUCACGUUUUCAAAAGAAACGAAAAAGUUUUAAAUUUGUAACAAAGUCUAUUCACGCGCCCCCCUCUAGACUUUGUAUCUCACCACUGUGGGACCACCAAUUGGUAUCAAAGCUUACUUCUCACUAUCUACGUUUAGAUUAACGAGAAGCAAUCAUAAUGGUGAACAAUAUGGAUCACGGUUUGCCCAAGUUUUCUCUUCUAGGUUAUGAUGAUUGGAAGAUCAUGAUGGAAGCACAUCUCUACGCUCUACAUGACUGCAUGUGGAUGGUGCUUGAGGAUGGACCCUUGAAAAUCCAAAUGGAGAACCCUGAGAGGAAUCCAGCCAAUCCUGAUGUUGUCCAGUACAUUCCAAAGCCCAAGGAGAAAUGGGAUGAUAGAGAUUGCAAGAAGCACAAUCUGGACAACGUCGCCAAAGCAGCCAUCUUCAAGACACUUGAUCCCAUCACCUUCUCCAAGAUCAAGCAUCUCAAGACUGCCAUGGAGAUUUGGCAAGGUCUUGGGAAGUGGUGUGAGGGAUCGGAGGACCUGAGAAAGCAGAAGAUAGAAGUCCUGCUUGAGAAGUUCAAAAGCUUCAAAAUGCUUCCCGGAGAAUCAUUUGAUAUGUUGGAUGAAAGAUUCCACAAGAUAUUGAAUGAUCUUGCUUCACUUAACCACAUUCUUUCUCACAAAGAAAAGAAUGUGAGGUUGCUGAGAUCACUCCCAACUGAGUGGUACACCAAAGCCACAACCAUGGAAGAAGGAAGAAACCUGGAGAACUACACUGUUCAUGGUCUCCUUGAUGAACUCAGAACCUAUGAGCACGAGCUGAAGAAGAAGAAGGAAGAACAAGUCACUCCCUUCCCCACGGCAUUGAUGACAACUCCAAGAAUCCCAUCAAGUGAAGGGACAUGCACAAGAAACUGUGACACACCUUCCUCCAGCCAGCCGUCAAGCUCAAAAAUGGAGAACUACGAUGAGGAAUUUGCCAUGAUGGUCAAGCAAUUCCGGAAGUUCAAGAAGUUCUUCAAGAAGGCUGAUUCAGUCAGAAGGCCAUCCAAGGGAAAACUACAAGUGGAGAAGUACGGAGAAAGAGAAAGGAACGAGAAGAAAAAGAAGGCAAUGGUUGCUGCUGAAAGUGACGAGUCAUCCAGCUCAAGCUCGGAUGAAGAAGCCCUCGGCUGCAUGGAGCGCAGAGUUGAGAAGUCCAACCAUGAGGAUAGGUGGACUAUGUCAGAAGAUGACACUCUCUGCCUAAUGGCCAAAGAUGACGCUGAUCAAGAGGUAACCUCACAAACCUCCUGCUCAUCUUGUUAUGAAAGCAUACCAACUUCUGAAAGUCUUUGUGACAAGUUCAAAAAGAUGAUGAAAGAUUUUGAGGAAAUAAAUCUUAAACACUCAUCCUUAAUAGAAGAGAACAAGCUAUUGAGUGUAGAGAAUAUCAAGUUGACUGAAGGUCGGAAAAGUCAACUAGAUGAGAUCACUCAACUCAAGACUGAAAAUAAAUCUCUCUCUGAAAAGAUGAAAUCCCUCAACAAGGAGCUUGGGAUACUUAAGUCCAAAGUAGCAGUGGAUAAGCUUCUUGAAGCGACCAAACAAAAGGGUCGUGAAGGACUUGGGUUUGACCCCUCCAGUUCUAAAAGGAAAGGGAGAACAACUUUUAUCCCAAAUCCAAUAAGCAGAAAGGAAAGGAAAAGGAGAAACCCACAGAAAUUCCCAAAAAGACACAUGACGGGUGAUGCGAGCCUCUUGAGCAAUCUAAUUCCCUAUGAUGGUCCAAGAGUUACUUUUGGAGGAAGCAAUGACUUUGGCCUCACUAAAGGGCUAGGAAAUCUGGUGUACAAAGGACUAACCAUCCAAGCUGUAUCUUAUGUGGAAGGUCUCAAUUAUAACCUUUUGAGCAUAAGUCAGUUUUGUGAUAAAGGUUACUCCUUGGAAUUCUACAAGGACAUGGCAUCUCUCAAAAACAUCUCCACAAAUGAAGUCAUUCUCACUGGGAAGAGAAUCAGAAACAUCUAUGAAGUAAUGUGGGACGAUGUCAAGGAAGCCUACCUAAUCAGCAAAGGUGACACUAACCUUCUAUGGCUUUGGCAUAAGAGGUUGAGUCAUCUAAACUUCAAAACUCUCAACAAGCUAUCCAAAGAAGGGUUAGUAGAAGACAAGGAUGAAGAAGCCAGCGAAGGAGAUAGGAUGAAACCUACGGAGUUCAUUCCAUUCGGAAGUCUACCACUGAAGACUUCACAAAGAAAUCCAGAUUCAGACGGUGCUGAGCCCUCCGGAAAUCAUGGCCAGCCUUCCAUUAUUCUGGAUCACUCAAACGGCGACAAUUCCGGAAAUGGUGACCCAGUGCCAAUCCAUCCGGAAUCACCAACAAACUUUGUUCUUCAACCAGAAGCUGAACUAGAUCAACCAGUCAACCCUAAUCAACACAAUCUCCGUUGGUUAAGGGAUCAUCCUCCCCAACAAGUCAUUGGAGAUAUUCAAUCUGGCGUUCGCACAAGGAGUGCCCAACAGAAUCUAGAAGCUAUGCUUGCUUGUUUCAUAUCACAAGUGGAACCUAAGAAUAUUGAAGAAGCUCUAGCUGAUUCUGAUCUUCUCACUCAAAUUUCUGAGAAAAUGAAGAUUGUUGGCGCUAAUGUCCAUUUCCAGAAGUUGGAAGCCAAAAGCUCUUCACCAACGUUCUAUCAAUUCUAUCUGGAGAUGAUUGAUGCUCAAGAGCUCUCCGAAUUCCUUUAUAUGGAGAUUCGAUUGAAGUAUGAGAACAAAGUUCUUGAAUUCUACAAGAAUGGAAAGGUCAAGAGUGUCAAAUCAAAGAAGGACCCACAGAGGACGAUUCAAAUCAUCAAUUCCACUGUUGGAGGGGCCAAAGUGAAGCUUUCGCAGAAGAAAUUGGGAGAAAAGCUUCACCUUCCCAAUUCUGGAGUUGAAAUUGGGAGACUUCCAGCCAAGAAUCUGGAUUGGAAUAUGAUUGGAAUUUCUGGGCAAGCUCCCUCUGGCCCAGCGAAGAAAGCUGAUCUGAACAACGACUACAAGCUAGUCCUUGAGCUGGUCAUCGCAUGCCUCGAGUGUGGAAGUGGAGGACAUGCUGAUGACAUCACCCAAGAGAGGGCCUUCAUCAUCAAUGCCCUCAUUACCAAGUCUAAGUUAAAUUGGGCUGCACAUUUCUUCAAUUCCAUCUCAAAGCAUCUGGGAAAACCCAACCAGAAAUACCUUUGCCAAGGUCUGUACAUUGGACAUAUUUUGGAGUCCAUGGGUGUUGCUUCUGACGAUGAGGAUCCUGCAGUCUACAGGCCAAUCUUCUCAAAGGCUACAAAAGAUCAGGUGGCUCCUACCACUAAAGCACAAGCAGAUAUGGAAGCCACAGUAGAGGAUUUCCAAAUUUUCCUGGAAACCUCCCCUUCCAUUGAAACGAUUCUGACUGAAGUUGACCAGGAGAAUGCAGCCUCUACUCCACAAGAACAGAACCAAGAAGCAUCAGAAGAAGAACUCCAGCAACUUCUCCAUUCUCAAGCUUUAGAGAUUCUCACAACUCCUUGUGAGAUCACCAAUCCUACUGAAACUGAGAUUUCGGAGAAGUCAGCAAAAAAUCUGGAGAUGUCCAAACCUCCAGAAGCAAAUGAAGUUCAAGAAGAGCAAGCUGUAGAAAUCCAGAGAAGUUCUGCAGAAGCUGAGAAGGAAAUUCAAAUGGCUGGACUGGAGACCUCUGAAACUCCAGUAGCUGUGUUUAAGCAGCAGAAUGAAGUAACUAACUUUCACUUCCACAACUCUUCCACAUCCACCCUUCCGGAUGAGAUACCGGAAAACUGGACAAGAAAGGUCCAAGGGUUGAUUGAAUCAGCCCUAGCGUCUCAGCAUGCCUCCUUUAGGCAAGAGAUAGAGCAAAUGGAAGCUAGGCAUAACAAGCUGAUGGAGAAAUCCGAAGAAAAACGUUGCUCAAAUCUCAAGGAGAUAAGCAAAUCCGUGGACAAGACUCUAGAGAUUAUUUCUCUUUUGAGUAACUCUAUGAGCAACACAAUGGAAGCCUAUGCAUCUGACAGCCACCUACAAUUCAAAGAAAUCACUAGAAUCAAGGAGCAGAUAGCAACUGUCACACUGCCUAUUGAAGUCAAGCAAGGAGAGCUCACUUACAUUCCAUCUCAUCUGAACAUGACGGAACUGAUACUAGAAGCCCAGCAGAGCAAUCCGGAAAACUCAACUCAACAUCUAACAGACUCUGGCCUUGAUGGAUCAGAAGUUGUUGGAACCAUUGCCUCCCACUUCUCAGAUGAUGCACAAACAAAGGAGAGAUACAACAAUCUAAGGCGCAUCAAAGAACAGUGUGGAAUUAUGCAAGGCAUUGGUGAGACUGCCGGAUCAUCAAAGCGCAGGAAGCAGUGAAGGCUCUUUUCAUCAAACCAGGGGGAAGGAGAGGGGAAGGGGGAAAUACAUAGUACAAAACAUGAGGAAACUUCCUGGAAGCAACUAUUUCACACACAUGUGACAAUACCCAUUUAUUCUUGUCUCCUUAAUGGAAAGAAAUCAGAGAUGGGGGCUGGUUUGUGGGGCUGUUGUUGGGUUAUUAUUGUGGGCAAGUUAUGGUGGAGUGGGCUGCCAUUUUGGAGGGUAUUGGGUGGGUUGAUUCGGCCAGGCAGGGGGUACAAGGGGUGAGUGGGUUGGCUAUUUUGGAGGGAUGUAAUAGGUAGUUUAUGGGGAGCAAAGGUGAGUUGGGUGGCUGCCAAGGUGGGGCCAAUAUGUUUUGUUUGUUUGCAGCUUGUUUCCUUACACAUAAUGGAGAGUAUAAUGGGGAACAAUUGUGGGGGCUGUGACAUGGAU